UCUCUCCUCUAUUCGCUCUGUUUUUUGGCGGAGAUGGCGGAGGAGCGUCUCCCUCUCGACCGGAGGGAGCCGCUGCCGGGAAAAGACGACGCGCCGAUGCUGGAGGUGGAGGCGGCGGCGGUGGACUUGGCUGCGGGAGACGGCGGCUGCGGUGGAGGGGAGUCGGAGGCGUUGCUUGUGGCGGAGCUCUCCGAUCAUCAGCUCCAGGAAAAGGCCCAGCGGGUGGUGGAUCUUCUCUCCUGGGGGAUGGGGGGCCGGCUGCCGGACAAGGGCGUGAAACUCCGCGCCCACCUCCGGCAGCUCCGUGACGAGCUCGACCGCCGGAAGCUCCCCCUGCACCUCAAGAAUGGUGGAGAAUGUGACAGGGCUGUGCAGUCAAUAACCACAGAAUCAUCUGGUAAAGUUAAAGAUUCCAAUGAAAACCUUACAGUAUCUGAAUCACAUUCACAGCCCUCAUUUGCAUCCCAAUUUCGCCAAAAGUUACAAAGCAAGGCAGAUGCUGCACCUAACAAGAACUUGAGAGAUAUUAGUCUAAACAAGUGCAGAUGCUCAAGCGAAGUUGAAUGCCCAGUGCAUGAGAGAAGACAGUCAAUUAAGAUAUCAUCACAACCAGCUACAAUGUCUUCCAGAGAUUCACCUUUCCUGUGUGCUAGCACCUUUGCCAGCAAAGAUGAACAAAGAUCUUCAAAUGGUGAUCCCAAGUCUUGCACUUCUCAUUCACGGGGGAAUCUUUCCAACCUUUCUGGUAGAAAGAGGAGAGCUUCUGAUCCUAGAGAUUCAUUGGAAUCGAAGUCAAAAAAGGUUCAGGAGGUGGUUCUCUUGGAUGAAGAAGUACAACCUGUACAGCCGAUACAAAUAGAUGACCCUGAUAAAUGGAAGGAGGCAAAGAUCUAUUAUCCUUUGAGGGAUGAUCCUGAAUCUAUUGAGAUUUCUUAUGCGGACUUAAAAUGUCUUGAACCUGAAUCAUAUUUAUCAUCACCCAUUAUGAACUUUUACAUUCAGUACCUCCAAAGGUCAGUAUCGCCAAUGGGUAGACCGAGAGGGGAAUACUAUUUUUUCAACACAUACUUUUAUAAGAAACUUGAGGAAGCUCUCUCAUGCAAGGGUGAUAUGAAUGCAUGUUUCUUGAAAUUAAGGAGGUGGUGGAAAGGUGUAAAUAUAUUUCAAAAAGCAUAUAUUUUUUUGCCGAUACAUGGAGAUUGUCACUGGAGCUUGGUGAUUAUUUCUAUACCAGCAAAAGAAGAUGAAUCUGGUCCCAUCAUACUUCAUUUGGACUCAUUGGGGAUUCACAGUAGUAAUUCAGUUUUUAGUGUUGUUGGAAGAUAUUUAAAAGAGGAAUGGAACUACAUAAAUCAAAAUGCUUCUCCUCCAGAUGUUCCAAUUUCAAAAAGGAUAUGGAAAUAUCUUCCCCGAAGGAUUGAGAAGAAAAAAAUUAAUGUUCCUCAGCAGAAAAAUGAGUAUGAUUGUGGCCUAUUUGUACUCUACUUCAUGGAGCGAUUUAUUGAAGAGGCUCCUGAAAGACUCAGAAAAAAAGAUCUAGCCAUGUUUGGUAGCAAGUGGUUUCAACCUGAAGAUGCUUCCGGCUUGAGAAAGCGAAUACGGGAUCUGCUUCUUGAAGUAUUUGAGAGUGCUGAGAUGGAGAAUGGCAGAAUCAAACCAGCACAUCCUCUGGUAGUUCCCCUGAAAGGUGAAGAUGUCUGCCAGCAAUGCUUUAAACGAUGCCCACUUAAUCCAUCCCGGGAUAGUUCCCAGGGUAGGAUAUGGGGCAGGUUUAAUGUACAGGGAUGAGUGAGGCCCAUGAACUUAAUAAUGCAAAGAUUCUAGGCCCAUGAACUCUCCCUUCCGCUGAUGUCUUCUCAGUGGGGUCCCACCUUGUUGGAGGAAAACGGUGAGCGUGCCACCAUUGCUGUUGGAGAAUGUGAAUCAUUCAGUUGAGCAACAGUUGCUGCAUGUGUCCCUUGUGGUCAGACAAAUUAGCCGCUUACGUUCCCAGUUAUAUGGGCUCGAUUAAAACUUAUAGAGGAAAUUAUGUAAAAAUGUUUGAUGAAUGCUGCAAACCUAUUUCUCUCUGGUGCAUCUGCUCAUGAUUGUGUUGUAAUAGAAUCAAGUGAAGCUGCCGCAUAAAUAUGGUUGGCAGCCAUUGCUGAGCGAGUUGGAGCAAGUUGAUUGCAUGACCUUCUUUCCUUUGACAGACUUGAUUGGGAUGGCUUUUAGGCUUCCAUUCUAACCAGGUCUAGUUUGUAAAGUGAAAAUUUUGAUAGGAAUCUGUACAGUCAAUGUAUAUGGGACGUUUAAUACCCAUGAAGAUUUAUAGCUGCUCG